AGAAAGCACUUGCCUUCCGUCAAGCAGUAACUGUGAUACUGAACAAUGCAAUAUAAAGUCUAAUUUUAAUUUGAUAAGUUGUGAUAAUACAAAUGACAGUGAUAAUAUUAAAGAUUCUGCGCAUUUGACUGCAGAUGCUCCUUGUAUCGAUGAGAAUCUUAAUACAUUAGUUGUUAGUAACAAUAUUGAGAAAAGCGAUUCUCCAACAACUGUCAAUUCCAAUGCUACUUUAAAUGUUGAUGCAUCAUAUGUGACAUUUGAAAUCGAAGAAGGCACUUGCGUUCCAUCAAGCAGUAACUGUGAUACUGAACAGUGCAAUAUAAAGUCUGAUUUUAAUUUGAUAAGUUGUGAUAAUACAAAUGACAGUGAUAAUAUUGAAGAUUCUGCGCAUUUGACUGUAGAUCCUCCUUGUAUCGAUGAGAAUUUUAAUACAUUAAUUGUUAGUAACACUAUUGAGAUAAGCGAUUCUUUGCCAGCUAUUAAUUCUAAUGCUACGUUCAGUAUUGAUACAGCAAAUGUGAAUUACGAUAUCGAAAAUGUUUCGACAAUAACUAAGAUUUCGGAUGUUAAACAGAGCGUUCAAUGUUGUAAUAAAUUUUAUUCUACUUCUAAAAUAUGUGAAAAUGCGAAUGUUAUUGAGAAAUUUAGAAAAACUAAAAAACCUAAAAAAACUCCGAAGAUUCUAGAAAUACAAAAUGUUAAGAUAUUACUAAAGAAGAUUCCAGUGCACACAGAGAAAGUUGAUAAUAUUACAAAUAGUAUACAGAUGAAUAAUACGUAUAAUAUCGAUAAUAGUGAUGUUUCUUCAAAUGCAAACGGGACUUACGUUAUCGAUAAUAUUUCAAGUGAAACAUCUUGUCCAGUUGCAGAAUCUACACUCAUAGAGAAUCAGUUAGACUUAGAGUGUGAAAUCCAUAAUAAUAAUUCUGAGUCUGAUGAUACAUCCAUUACAUCUAAAAAUAAUUUAGAUAGUAGUUUUCAUUUGUCAGAUUGUUCUAAGCUUGAAGACACAGAUGAAGAUGAAGAUGAAAAUGAAACUAAAAAUACACAUGAACGUACGAUUAAUACAAGUAAAAAUAAAUCUGUGAACAGGACAUUAAAUUUGACAUCAACAUUUUCAUCUGAAGUAUGUGAUGAUAGAAAUAUGUAUGUGGAAACUUCCAAUAAUCCUAAAUUAAAACAAAAUAUGUGCGUAUAUUGUGAAAAAUUUCAAGCGCAAAUUGCAAGACAUUUAGAAACAGUACAUAAAGAAGAAGAAGAUGUGAAAAAGUUUCGUCUUUUACCUAAGGGUAAUCCGGAACGAAAGAAGAUUAUUGGUCUACUUAGACGAAAAGGAAAUUUCAUAUAUAAUACUAAUUCUAACUUAAAUAAAGGAGAUUUAAUUGUAUGCCGGCGUCCAAGAAAUGAAUUGAAUAGACAAGCAGCCGAUUUUAUUCCUUGUGCUAAAUGCAAAGGGUUUUUUUCUAAAAAUAAUAUAAGACAUCAUUUUGCAUCAUGUGCGCCAAAAAGGGAAUAUCCUCAAAGAAAUGUUAAAAUAUUGGGACGUACUGUGGCUUGUCGAAUUCAUUACAGUGCAAAUACACCAUUAAGAAGAUUGGUGUUCCCAGUAAUGAGGGAAGACAGCGUAACUCAAAUUAUUAGAUAUGAUGAACUGCUAAUUGCUUUUGGCAAUAAAAUGUGUCAGAAGUAUCGUCUCCAACAUCAGCACGAUAUGAUUAGAGCGCGACUGAGAUUACUUGGACGAUUUCUUAUUGUUUUGAGAGAUCUUGAUAAUAGUAUAGUAGAUUUCUCUUCAAUAUAUAAUCCAACAAAUUAUGAACAAUGCAUUAAAGCUGUAAAUAAACUUGCACAAUUCGAUGAAAAGACUUGGACAUAUAAAAUACCAUCUAUUGCAACAUCUUUAGGAACACUUAUAAAACAAAUUGGGAAACUUUUAAGAAGUAUAUGCAUUAAGAAACAAGAUUGUAGCAAACAAACUGUGGUAGAAAAUUUUUUGAAAUUAUUUGAAGAGGAUUAUCCUGUUGCUGUAAAUAAAAUUGUGUUUGAAACUCAAGGGCAUCGAAAAAGGCAAAAGAAUAUUGUCUUGCCAUCUAUAGAUGAUAUAAAAAUAUUCAAUGCUUAUCUCAAAGCUGAACGCAUAAAAGCUCUAGAAUCUUUACAAACAAAUGGUUUCUCAAUUCACGCAUGGCGUAUGUUAACUGAAAUAACAUUAAUAUCGAUUAUGAUAUUUAAUAGAAGACGUGCUGGUGAACUGGAGCGUGUUUUAAUUGAAAAUUUGGAAAAUUGUGCGGCAAUUUCAAAAGAAGAAGCACCUGAAUUAUAUAAAUCUUUAUCUAAAUAUGUACGGAUGACAAUACGCGGCAAAUUAGGGAGAACGGUUCCUGUGUUACUCCAUGAAGAAAUAUUAAAAUGUAUGCAAAUGAUUAUUAAUUAUCGUAAAGAUGCUGGCGUACCCGAAAAUAAUCCUUAUAUUUUUGGUAUAUAUUCACUCGACAAAAGAAGAUUCAAAUAUUUGAGAGCAUGUGUAUUAAUGCGAAAAUAUUCUGUAAUUUCUGGGGCAAAAAUGCCAACUUCGUUACGAGGUACAAUAUUGCGGAAACAUAUUGCUACAGUAUGUAUGUCAUUAGAUAUAUCUGAACAUGAAGUGAAUAAUCUAGCUGAUUUCAUGGGCCAUCACGAAAAAAUACAUAAAUCGCACUACAGACAGUCAAUCGUAACAAAAGAUUUGGCUAUAUCACGUUUACUCAAAUACGCACAAGGAGGAGACACAACAGAUGAAAGUGAUAAUGUUGAUGAUGAAAAUGAAAACAGGGAUGAUUCGAUUAAUAAUGAUAACUCAAAUUUAAGUUUAAAUACUUCUGAUACUUUAUCAUUAAUACAAACGAGAUCAUCUAAACUGCCACUGUUCGAAAAUCGAACGUCUAAUGCAAAAAAAAAAAAGCUUAAAACAUUAUUGCGUUAA